AUGGGGGCAAUAGAUGAAAAAUACGACAGCACGCUUUCUCGUCCGCUUCUGGAUGAAGAAGAAGGAUCAGAUGCACCAUUGUCAAGGUCCUCGAGAGCUUCACUUCGAAUAAGCAGCUUUUAUCGGCCAUAUGUCUUCGGCUCACUACAGAUACUUCUCAUAGCCAUAUACACCGUGAUCUUCUUCUACAUAAAGCCCACAUCAUCUCAAAACCAAACAAAUUCUGCUCAGUUAAGCGGCUUCCCACCCGCCCAGGAAACCCUAAAAUACCAACCACAAGUCUUCUUAAAACACGGCAAUCUCGUAUCACCGUAUGCGAAGCCUCCUUCACCAACAACAUCUCGAGCCUGGGCAGAACUCAUGCACGGUGGCAACAUGCGGAUCUCUCAGUCAGAAAUGGACAUGUACAACGCCACGUCUGUACGUCUUGCUGACGGGUCUGGGUAUCUGGCUAAGAUGGGCUUCUACCACGAGCUACACUGCUUAUUCAAGAUGAAAACUUGGCUGUAUCCAGAACAUUUCUAUCCUAAUGCCUCAUCCGAGUGGCGAGAGGAAGAAAGAGAUCACUUAGAGCAUUGUAUUGAGUGGGUUCGGACCGCGGCUAUAUGUCGCGGGGAUACGACAUUGACGCUCUUUGAAUGGGUCGAUGGGGAGUUGGAAACAAAGUAUCCUAUUCCUCAUAUGUGUGUCAAUGGAGAGGAGUUGUUGGGUUGGAGCCGCGAAAGAAUUGUCGAUAUCGACCAAGAAGGGGCUCUGGAGGGUCCUGAUGGAAAGCCGUCGGCGUUUGGGCAUGGUUGA